AAGAAGUGAGGUUAAAUUGAUGUUUACGUUGUUUUUUUAAUAAUUAAUCUCAUAUAUAAUCACAGCAACUGUUAUAACGAUUAAUACGAUUUUGAAUACCAAAUGUGGAAAUGACUGUUUCUUGUAAAUUACAAUUGACAUUAGCCAUAAUCAAACCACACAUUAUAAAAAAUCCAGUUGCGACAUCUCAAAUAAGGGAACUUUUGAUAUCGUCAAAUUUCAAGAUUAUCAAAUUUCUUAGGAAAACAAUAUCUCUAAAAGAAGCUGAAAUUUUUUAUAGUGAACAUAAAUAUAAAUUUUUUUAUAACAGAUUAGUUAGUUUUAUGACGAGUGGUCCUAGUGAUAUCAUGAUAUUGGCAAAAGAAAACGCUGUUAAAGAUUGGCGAGAACUUAUGGGUCCUACCAAAGUUUUCAAAGCACAAUUUGAAGCCCCUAAAAGUAUUAGGGGACAGUUUGGAUUAUCAGAUACAAGAAAUGCUAGCCAUGGAUCAGAUUCUGAAGAUUCUGCUAAGAGAGAAAUAAAAAUAUUUUUUCCGAACUUUGAUAUUGAUUAUUGGUAUGCACAAUAUGAACCAGUAUUUCGUUCCAACAAUAUUAGUUUUGAUACAAAAAAUUUUUUGCACAUUCCUUGUAGGUAAAUAAAAGUAAAUGUGUUAUUUUUUAGUAUUUAUUUUAUAAUUUAUUUCAGUUUUUCAACAACUGUGUUAAAAAUUUUCAUUCAAAAAUUUAGACACAAUUUUAUUGAUUUAUUAAUUGCAAUAAUGUAAACAUGUAUGAUAAACAUGAUCUUUGUGUAAGUGCUUGAUAUGAUUUGUUUUUUUAACAAAAUUAAUCCUCUUGAUACAAAAAGUUCAAAGAGGCUUACAAAACAUCAUAUCUACCAGUAAAACAGUAGAAAAUCAUUUUUGCUUAUAAUGUUGGAUGAUUAUGUACUGUCUGUAAACUGCAUGUCAAAUUAAUAAAG